AUGCAUAAAAGAUGUUUCAAAGAAGAUUGCCAAAACAAGCCAAUUAUGACCUGCUCCUGUGUUCCUAAUCGGUUUUAUAUGUGUAGUGAGCAUUAUACAGAGCAUAUUGAAUCAGGCAAUCUGAGUGACCACAAUAUUGGUGAAAUUUAUACUGCUCCUAAUUUUCAAACAAAACAAAUCGCAAUUGAAAAACUUUCUAAUAUAAAAGAAGAAGCAGCCAAAACUAUAGCAGAAAUUUUAAAAAAGUCUUCUGAACUUAUCCAAAAUAUAGAAAAUUGUGUAGAAAAAUCAUGUGAAAUCUUGCUUAAGUUAGGCAAAAGAUGUACGGAAAUAAUUGAAGAGAUUAAUUCUACCAAAGAAAUCUCGAAUUUCAGCCAGCUGAACUAUGUUGAAAAUUUAUUAAAUUUGAAGCUUGAAGAUGCAGAAAAUAUUUUAAGCGACUGGAAGUUCCCUACCCUUAAUUUCAAUAUGACAAAAUCUUUAGAUUCAGUUAAAGAUCUUUUCAAUAUCAAUUUUUUAUCGAGUCUUUUAUCUUUUGACCAAAACGUUGAGUCUGGGGAAAACGAAUUAUUAUUUUUUAAAUGUUUUUCAAAAGAGUUAUACUGAGCUUUGAUAAAUUUAAAAUAAAAAAAAAGUUAUUAAUGAUUUAUAAGAAUUCUAUAUUAUUUUCUAAUUAAUCUAAAAGAAUGUAAUAUCUGUCAACGUCUCAAGUCUCAAAACUAGGUCACUUUAUUUACAAUUAAAUGAAAAAAUAAACAGCAGCACUUGUUUAUGCUUACUUCCUGAUAAAAGUCUUUUUUGCUAUGGAAAUUUAACAAAUGAGUACUCAGGGGCUACGUUUAUUAUUGAAACUUCUUUAAGGGUUGCUCAGCUGCCUAGUGGUACUCCAUGCACAGGGUCAGGCGCAGUUUAUAUGAAAGGAUGUGUAUAUACUUUUGGAGGAAAAAAUAAUGAAGGAACUAUGAAAAGGGCUGAAAAAUUUAAUUUUAUACAAAAUUCAUGGGAAUCUUUACCAUCACUUCCUCAGUCUGCAGAUUUUUGUUCCUGUGUAGUUUUUAAUGAACAAAUCUUAAUAUCAGGAAGAGGCAACAAUAAAAUUUUUUCCUAUAACCCAGUCACAAACAAAUAUACAAAAAUUUAUACUUUCAGCUCUGAAGAGCAAAAACUUUUAUGCCUAGGAAAUGAAAGGGUUUAUGCAAUUUUAUCCGGAAAUGUUAUAUACGAAAGCAAAACAAAUGACAUAACAAAAUGGCAUGUUGUCUGUGAAGAAGUCCUGAAUUUAGGCUAUUUGAUUUCCUAUCAACAUUAUCAUUCAAAUUCAGUUUUUUUUAUAAAUCAUGACUAUAAGCUUUUUAGGUUUAUUAAUUUUUUAAUUGAAAAAUUAGUUAAAAUAUAUAUUAUUUUUAUAAAAAAAAUUAUUUAGGUUUGAUUUACAGUGCAAAGAAGUUUUUAUGGUAGAUGAGCUCAGUAAUGUGUAA